AUGUACAAUAUCGACCAACAAAUUGGAUUAAUCCUCGUAACUAAUUUCUGGGUGGGGGAGGAAGAGGCAGCAAACGUUAGGUACAUGGGUUCUUUGGGCAGUGAGCCUUAUGAUCCCCAACAAGACUAUUUUCAUAGUUCGGCUCACCAACACCAACACCCUUUAGAUCCUCCACAGCCAUCGUCACAGAUGACAUCGGCAUCUGGUGGUACGGAGGGUGAACGUAAAACUGGUCCACCAUCCAAAAAACGAGGCAUUUUUCCAAAACCUGCAACAAAUAUCAUGCGUGCAUGGCUUUUUCAUCAUUUAACGGUGAGUAGUGUAAAUAGCGAAAAAAAAAAACAAAGUUGCAACCAAACUAAACCAAAUCAAAUUAAUCCAUAA